UCAGUGACGGUUAGUGUCUUUCUACCUAAGAAAACAUGGCGGCGUCAGUAAAGCUUGUUGGAUUUUGUUUUAUUUGUAAAGCUAUUUACGACAAGGAAAACCAGAAAGUUUCAACAUUUUGUGUAAACAAAACUAAUUUGGAAUCUUGGCAGCAAAAAGUAGGCGGAAUUACUGUUGGGGACAGAUUGUGUGAAACACAUUUUGCUCCACAUGAUGUUAUUAAAGGAUUUUUCGUGCUGGACUAUUUUUGUCCUUACAAAAUGUGGAGGCUUGCUGAAAAUGCAAUCCCACAAUACUUCCUCACAUCACAGAAACCAAAGAAGCGUAAAGCACUAGUCGACAAAAUGGAAAAUUUGUCUGGAUUAAAAACAAAGCACAUAGAUGCAAAGGUUAUUCCAAAUCAGUCUCCCAGACUAACAACCAGACCAAAGCAGAAAACAACCAAGAAACCCGCAGAAGAAACAAUAAUUAUCAAUCAAGAUGCGGCAAGUGCUGCAUCACCUCAUUGUAUUGGUAGUUCCACUACAUUUGAAGCUGAUGCUGUGGGUGGAGAUCUUAGAAUGGAGACUACGAUAAAUAUGGAUUCCAUUAUAUCAUCAUCAGUCCAACUAGACACUGAUGAUAUCGUAUUUGAUCCGUCUCUUUCAUUGUUUUGUUCCUCUCUGUCAACGUCAGCAGGUGUGACUGUGUAUUCACCUAGUUCAUCAACGACCAACAACCAAUCUUUUGAAGAUGUCUCUGCCCUCGGUAUACAUCGUUGGAACCAAGACCCCGUUGAACGAUUUUUUGGCAUCGUUCGAUCCGUCAAUGAUACGCCAACGGCACACUCUUGGCUACAAGUGUUCCGAAUCCUUUCUCUCUACCAGCCGACUAAAAGGGUGGUUAAAAAUGCCAAUAUAGAUGAGGGAGAAAAGGGGGAAAACAUGCGAAUCCUAGUCCAGUACAAAGAAUGUCUACUUAAAAGAUUUAAGGACAGCACGGAGUCUGCUGCCCAACUGAGACAUUCCCUACGAGAGAAGAUGGAAAAAGAACUUGUGAUACGAUACGUCGAGAAGCUGGAAGCAGAUCCAAACUGUGAUACCACUGAAAAUAAUUUAAUUUAUUACAUGUGUGGGUACUUGUUGAAUACUCGUGGGUGGGCCAUUGAGUGUGAAGAUUGCAAAUCUAAGAUGUUAACGACAGAAGAAUAUUUGCCACACCAAUUUGAAGCCGCCGACUUCACUCUGUCCAGUACUCGUGGUGGGCUGAAAUUAGCAACUCCAGCCAUGUUCCAAACUUUUCGAGAAGUGGAGAGAAUCAUCAGGAGACAUUUUCAAGACGGCCGCCACAUAUACUUGAGGGACAGCUACGAACUAGUCAUUUCAAAAAUUUGUGAACUUAAUUUAAUUCCCGUUUGUUGUAGUAACCACCCUGAUUCACUGCCUCAUUUGAUCAUGGAUUACGUUCUAAUUCGCUUCCAUUUCGAAUCCAAACGGUACCGUGAUUUAACCCUUUCUAAACUAAAGUCUAAUGUACAUGCUAGCAAAAAUAAAUCAACAUGCGUAAAUACAGCCUCCUUAAAAUAAAA